AUGCCUAAUAGCUUCCCAGUCUUAUAUACAGAUCAGAAACUAAAAAAGACUAAAGUGUGGCAGGAUGGACAUUUAAUUUGCCGUGGUAUAACAAAUUCUCUCAAACCUGGUUUUGAAUUAGAAACUGAUCGAUAUUUAGUAACAAUUGAAGAAGAUGAUAAUACACAAAUUCUGAUUCCAAAAUUCGUUAAUGAUCCAACAAUGAAAAACAAAGAUAAACAAAAUGUUUUUGUACCACCACGACAAAUAUCGACACCACGAUCUGUUUUAUCAACAGCAUCUUACAUAAAUGAGACUUCACCGUUGGAUAAACCAUUUGAAUGGGGACUUACUGGUGCGAUAAAAUCAAACCCGUAUCAUAAACAACAACAUGUUCAAGAACAGAAACCACUGUUUUCAACAUUUGCAAUACCACCUGUUCAGUCUAAAUAUGAUACACUAAUUAAUAAAAAUCAACAAAUAGAAACAUUUGUAAAACGAUCGACACAAGAUAUGCUUAAAUUAUUAGCAGGAAAUUAUUCUGAAACAGAACUGUCAAGCAAUCAACAAACACAAAAAUCCUCUACAUUGUUUACUGAAGAAUCAGAUGUGCAAAGUACUAGUUGGUCUUUAUUUGUUGAUACAAACGAAAUAAAAUCGGAUGAAAAUAAUGACGAUGAUAGUUUGAUAAAUCAACAACAACAACAACAACAACUAAUACAACAGCAAACUUCAAAUAAACGAAAAUUUCAUGAUGCUAUUCAUGUGAUGGAUUUAGCGAGUAAGAAGUCACAUAGUAGUGAAUGUAGUGAAAAUCAUGUGUCAUUACCAAAAUUUGAUUUUGAUGAAAAUACAUUUGAUGAUCUAUUUGCUGAUAAUGAGGUCGACGGUAGUCAAGAUUAA